UGUCUCUCCUGACCCGCCGUAGGUGCUAGCAGCGCAUAUGCUAGGCAUUCAAACUACUCGUGUGCUGUGAAGUAGUGCUUUAGUUUUUGCUUAAAGAGCGAAGAAAGUGUGAGAAUGUUUCUUCAAUCAACAAAUCCCGUCAACCCCAUUGUCUUCUUCGACAUAACCAUCGCGGGGCAGGAUGUCGGACGCAUGAAGAUGGAGCUGUUUGCUGAUGUGGUUCCAAAGACGGCAGAGAAUUUCCGGCAGUUCUGCACUGGAGAGUUCAGGAAGGAUGGAGUCCCGAUUGGUUUCAAAGGUUGCACAUUCCACAGGGUGAUCAAAGACUUUAUGAUACAAGGAGGAGACUUUGUAAAUGGUGAUGGGACUGGUAUUUGUAGCAUCUACAGAGGUCCAUUUGCAGACGAGAACUUCAAAUUAAAGCACAGUGUGGCUGGUCUUCUGUCCAUGGCAAACAGUGGCCCAGGGACAAAUGGCUGUCAGUUUUUCAUUACCUGCACUAAAUGUGACUGGUUAGAUGGGAAGCAUGUUGUUUUUGGGAAAGUGGUCGACGGUUUGCUGGUCAUGAGAAAAAUUGAGAAUGUUCCUACGGGACCCAACAACAAGCCCAAACUCACCAUUGUCAUCGCACAGUGUGGAGAGAUGUGAUCCAGAACCGCACCACCUCAGUGUCCAGGAAGUAGUGUCUCACUCUAACUUGAUACACCUCAACAAACAUCAACCCAUAUAGUUUUUCCUGUAUGGAUGACUUUAUAAAGUAAUGACAGUAUAAAGAUCGGCAGUACAUCAUUUCUGCAAUUUUCUGAGUUUGGUAUAACUUACACCACAUUCACUGCUGCAUCCAAACCCAGAUAAGAUUAUUCUUAUCUCAGGUGGGUUUUGGAACUGACAAAAUGUGCUAACUAUAUGGAUUUAAAAUUCAGUUUCCAAAACUUCAUGUUCAACACUUGUUGUUUAUCUUAUUCCAAAUGAAGACAAAUUUGUGUAUGCUGUUGUAAAAAGACAAACAAGAAAGUCUAAGUCUGAAGAAAAUUAUUCUUGGCAUGUGACGCAUUCUUAUUCAGUCACUCUGUGUGUAAUUUGUGAUCAAUAAAUUGUUUUGCAUUUUUAUAAA